UUGUUUUUUUAGAUCUGUACGUUUUAGAUUGUUCUUUGUGUUCACGAGUGUUUUCAUUUGUUUUCUUCUGUCUGAAAGUAUAACAAUAGAAGAGUUAUUAGGUUUUGCUGUAGGAGAAUCUGUUCAAAAGUUCUAAGACGAUCUGAUAACAGAAAAUUGAAAUCUCUCUCUCGCCUUCGUUAAUUGUAGUAGUGACAUAAAAACAUUUCUGGAUAUGCAAGAUUGAAAAAAGAAUGGAGAAUCUACCUCCUGGAUAUCGUCCCAAUGUUGGUGUUUGUCUAAUCAAUUCAGAUAAUUUGGUAUUUGUAGCUUCAAGAUUGAAUGUUCCUGGAGCAUGGCAGAUGCCGCAGGGAGGGAUAGAAGAUGGAGAGGAUCCAAAGUCAGCAGCCAUGAGAGAGUUACAAGAAGAAACUGGAGUCGUUUCAGCUGCAAUCAUAGCUGAGGUUCCAACUUGGUUAACAUAUGAUUUCCCACCGGCAGUAAAAGCAAAGGUUAACCGGCUCUGGGGCGGUGAAUGGCAUGGUCAGGCGCAGAAAUGGUUUCUAGUGAGACUGAUAAACGACGAGGAUGAAAGAGAGAUCAAUCUAGCUAACAACGAAGCGGAUUCAGAGUUUGCGGAGUGGAAGUGGGCGAGACCGGAAGAAGUGGUAGAGCAAGCAGUUGAUUACAAAAGGCCAACCUACGAACAAGUCAUUAAGACUUUUGGUUCUUACUUGAAUGAUCCAGGAAGAGCUGCUAAAUGUAAAUCUGCCAAGUGGUGAUAAGGAAACCAAUGUUUGUUCUGCUCAUUUUUGUAAAUUGGUUAUUGGUACUAGAAGGUUUUGGUUUUGGUUUAACUUGGGGGUUUAUUGUAAUAAAGUCAUGGUCUGGAUCCACAAAAAGGGAAUGGCUUGUGUAUGUCCUUCUAACUUAUAACUAAGUGUAAAGAAAAUGCAAAGGUUAUGAUUAUUCUAAAUAGUACAUGUACAUUGUUUAUA